UGAAACCAAAGGGACAGAGAAGCCAGAGAGACAAUUUCCAUUCCCAUUCCCAAAUUUCUUCCUCUUUCUCUGAUCUCUUUCAACAAGGAAGAGAGAGAAGGGGAGAAUUCAUCCUCUUCAUUUUCAUUUUCCCAGAGGAGGCUAGGUGGUCCAAUACCAAUAAUCAUGGGUUGUGGUGAAUCAAAGCAUGCUGUUUCAACAGAAAAUUCCACCAUCAGCAGCAAAAGCAAGAGAUCAUCCUCUUCUAGAUCCAGUUCCAAGAGGGAGAAAGCCUCGGAAACCGCUCCUGCCGAGAAGACCGGUGCCUCGGCCCCACCAUUGGCGGGGCAACAACAAGAAGAAGCUGCAAAAGAUGACCCCAAGAAGCCACCCGAGGCUGUUGUUAUGGAGGGUGAAAUCAAUAUUGUAAAGGAAGCCAAAAACCAAAUAGCCCUUGAAGGACAGAAAGUCUCGGAAACCGCUCCUGCCCAGAAGGCCGAUGUCUCGGCCCCACCAUUGGUGGGGCAACAAGAACAACAGCCACCCGAGGCUGUUGUUAUAGAGGGUGAAAUUAAUACGGUAAAGGAAGCCAAAAGCCAAAUAGCCCUCGAAGGACAGAAAGCCUCGGAAACCGCUCCUGCUCAGAAGGCUGGUGCCUCGGCCCCAGCAUUGGCGGGGCAACAACAACAAGAACAAGAAGCUGCAAAAGAUGACCCCAAGAAGCCACUCGAGGCUGUUGUUAUCGAGGGUGAAAUCAAUAUUGUAAAGGAAGCCAAAAGUCAAAUAGCCCUUGAAGAACAGAAAGCCUCAGAAACCGCUCCUGCCCAGAAGGCCGGUGCCUCGGCUCCAUCAUUGGCGGGGCAACAACAAGAACAAGAAGCUGCAAAAGAUGACCCCAAGAAGCCACUUGAGGUUGUUGUUGUAGAGGGUGAAAUUAAUAUUGUAAAGGAAGGCAAGAGCCAAAUAGCCCUCGAAGAACAGAAAGGCGAUGAUGACCAUGGAAAGGGUGAAAUCAAUGUUGUAAAAGAAGGAAAGGGUGAAAAAGUUCUUGAAGGAGAGAAAGGUGGUGAUGAUCAUGGAAAGCAGGUCGAAAAGGCCCUCGAGGUGAAGGAAAACGAUGAUGAUCAAGGAAAAGAAAACAAGAAUGGACAACCCGAGGCCGAGGAGGAUAAGGAAAACAAGAAUAAUGCUGAGGCUGUUAAGGUGGCUGUGGAAGAUGUAAAAGAGGAGGAAACUGUUAAGGAACAAGAGGAAUCUGAGCCUGUUAAGGAUGAGAAUGAAAAAGAGAUCAACAAAACUCAAGAGGUUGUAAAGCCUGCAGAGAAAUCAUCUGUUGAAGACAACAAAACAGAUGCACAAAAAGAAGAUGAUACCAAGACAAAUGAAGAAGGAAAGAAGAUAGAAGAAAAAGCUGUUCCAGCUGCUACUGAAGCAAAAGCUGAAGUUGAAGCCAAACCAGAACCAGAAGACAAAACUCCAACUCCACCACAAGAGGACAAAAAACCUGAGACCUUAGUGACAGAGGAGAGGGCUAAUGAAAAAGAAAGCCUUUGAAGACUUGCUGCAUUUCAAGCUUAGAAAUCUGACUAUCUAUGGAUAUAAACAUAACCAAUUUGGGAUCAAAGACAUAUCUAUAGAGUUAAGUAUGUGAAGUUGUUACCUUUUUCAUUCCAAACACAUUGGCUUCCCCCCAAUUCUUUUCAAAUGUCUGGGAAUUUCACUCUCUAUACAUCUGGGAAUGUGAUUCUAUUUAAGAGAUGAUAUGAUGAUUCAUGAAACUUUGUGUACCACCACCAUUCUUAUGGGCUGUACUUCAAAAAAAAAAUAUAGAUGUUUAUCUCAUCCAUAAUGUUUGAUUAUUUAAUCAAA